AUGGGGGUGCCUUCCUUCUACAAGUGGCUCGUGGGCAAGUACCCAAACAUCGUCGUCCCCGCCAAGGAAGACGACGAAGCUGGCGCCGGCACGUCGUCGCCGCCGUCGCCGGGGGACGAACAAGCCCAAGCCGGCCGCCCCAAUGGCGUCUACCACAACCUGUACCUCGACAUGAACGGCAUCAUCCACCCCUGCUUCCACCCGGAGGACUUUGAGAUACAUGAGGUGCACUUAUGCCGUCUGGGUGCAAUUGAUCUGCUGUUGGAAGUGUACAAACAAGCAUUUAACAAAAUGGGGGGCUAUAUUGUAAGCACCGGGAAGUUAAAAGACAAACAUGCUGCAUAUCUUAAAGUUUCGAGGUUGGAAAAGUUUUUUCAUGAACUGUCCUGGUGUGAAGAGAAAAUUUUUCUUAAAAGAUAUGAACUGCGAGAGAGGUUACAGCGCAAUUUAGUGCGCCGAGCUGCAGAAGAAUGGAAAGAAAGAAAUUAUGACAAUAUGGAAGAAAAUCCUGAUGGUCCAGACUUGACAGAAAAGUCUUUUUCAACAAACUGCAGUAUUUCCACUUACAGCCAAGACGAGUCAGAUGUAACUGCAAAUACCUUGGAGCUGAGGCGAAACUUAAAGGAUACUCUUCGUAACAAGCAAGACCUUAUAAAAAGUGGAGCCUGUAAACAUGAUGCGAUAAGAUUGGGAUUUGCGGGGUGGAAAUCUCGAUUCUACAGGGAAAUGUUUGGUGUGGAAAAAUCUAAUGAAGUUGGGAAGCUGAAGAAUGACAUGGUUCAAAAGUAUCUGGAAGGACUUUGUCGGGUGCUGCGGUACUAUUUUGCAGAUGUGCCAUCAUGGAGCUGGUACUACCCCUUCUAUUAUGCUCCUUUUGCAUCUGAUUUUAAUGGACUAUCUGACUUCAAGAUAUCUUUCACUGCUGAUAAGCCACUAAGGCCAUUUGAUCAGCUCAUGGCAGUUCUUCCAAAAGAAAGGCACCUCAUGUGCACUACCAAAAUUGAUACCCAUGGGAAACGUUUCUUGUGGCAAGGUAUUGCAAUGUUGCCAUUCAUUGAUGAAAAGCUGCUGAUUUUGGCUACCAAGACGGUGGAGGACAAACUUGCAGUGCAUGAGAUAAAUAGAAACACAGUUCGACGAGAUAAGAUCUUCCUGAGGAACUCAAAUACUAUGCCAAAUGAUUCAGCUUUUGCGCAGACAUCUGACUGUUUGGCAAAAAAGCUUCCGUUAGAUCCAUCUACCAGUGAACUUGGAGGGUGGUUGUCACCUGUUGACGACGAUAUUAUAAGCUGUGGUUUCUUACGUUCACCGAUAAGAGACGAUCUACAGGACAUUAGGAAUGACCAGACAAUAUCAUUCAUGUUCUCCAACCCAGAACCAGUGAAAAUCAUUCCAAGGCCACUUGAUAAUGUCAAAAAACCUGAAAAGACUGUAACUGAAACUAAGAUUCCAAAGAGGCCGCUGUGGCACACCUAUCCUGGUAGCCGACCACCGCCUGAAACCAUCCCAACCGUGGCAGAGCCUCAGUCGAUGAUCAGCGGCUUUGGACGUGGGAGAGAGAGAGCCAUCACUGCAGAUUCAGCGCUGGGCGGUGGCCGUGGCUACGGGAGAAGUUUUUAUGGGGCUGACAUGGCGCAAAGCUGA